AUGAUACCAAUAAAUAAAAAUGAUAAUAAUAUUUUAAUAGAAAUUAUUGAUAAAAAUAUAUUAAUAAUAAAAAUUAAUAGAAAUUCAAGUAGGAAUUCAAUUAAUAAAGAGACAGCAGAUGAUUUAUAUAAUAUUUUUAAAGAAUUUGAUAAAGAUGAUAAUUUAUUAAUAAGUAUACUAUGUGGAAAUGGUGAUAAUUUUUGUUCUGGUGCAGAUUUAAAAGAGAUACCAAAAGGUAUUGAAUCAGGUAAUAAAAUUUUAUCUCCAAAAGAAACUGAUUAUGCACCAUUGGGAUGCACAAGAUUACAAUUAAGCAAACCUGUAAUUUGUAGUAUAGAUGGGUAUUGUGUUGCUGGUGGUCUUGAACUAGCAUUAUGGUGUGAUUUAAGAGUUGCAACCAAGUCAUCUACAUUUGGAGUAUUUUGUAGAAGAUGGGGUGUACCACUUAUUGAUGGUGGUACAAUUAGAUUACCAAGAUUAAUUGGUCAAUCAAGAGCAAUGGAUUUAAUAUUAACAGGUAGAGCUGUGGACAGUAAUGAAGCAUUUCAAAUUGGGCUUGUAAAUAGAAUCGUUGAAUCAAAAGAUCAACUAAUGGCUCACUCAAUUACAUUAGCAAAACAAAUCAUUUCAAAUCCUCAACAAACUUUAAAAUCUGAUAGAAAAUCAUCAUUAGAUCAAUGGAGUUUAAAUUUAAAUGAUGCUUUAUUUAAUGAAUAUCAACUUGGUUUAAAAUCAUUCUUAAAUCAAGGUUUAAAUGGUUCAAUUUCAUUUAAUAAUGGUUUAGGUAGACAUGGUCAUCCAAUUUCAAAAUUAUAA